AUGGAUUACCAACAAGACAAGCGUCCGUCUAAAAAAGACGAGUGUCCGUCUAAGACUAUUUCUGAAGCUAUAGAAUGUUUAAAACUCGUAAAUGACUAUAUGGAACGUCGGGAACUAGUCGAUAAACAUAAAGGUUCUAAUAAAAUACCCAAGGGUUUCAUUCUUUAUAAACUUGUGAACAAACUUAUUGUUAAAAUUGUAACCCUGCCUAAUAACUAG